ACGAGUGCGCGUACGUGGGCGUGUAUACUAGUUACCAUAGUAACCAGAUGCGCUUGGUGCGGGCACUAACACACUGGCUUCCCCGAGGACAUCCUUCAGGACGGCGCUGCCACGCUUAGGGGCCCUCCCAUGGCUUCACAGGAGAGGGUGGGCGCAGUGUCGAAAGGAACCGGGUUCCGGCGCUGCCCUAAGCAGGUCACUUACACGCCCGGGACCUGCGAGCUGCUCAGAGUGAUGAUGAAGGAGUCCAAACUGACUAACUUCCAGCAACGACACAUCUUGGACACCAUGAGAAGAGGAGCCCCUCUGCCCCUGCAGUGCAACCCAACAUCCAGCCAGAGGGGCUCUCCUUCCAAGAAGCCAGCUACAGCCAUCUACCUGCCUCCCAUCCUGGCUACCCACUCCCACCUCCGGCCUGCCAGCAUGUGUCAAGCCAAUGGGGCAUACAACCGUGAGCAAUUCAAGCCUCAGGCCACCAGAGAUCUGGAGAAGGAGAAACGAAGACUCCAAAAUAUCUUUGCCACUGGGAAGGACAUAGAGGAACGGAAAACGACUCCACGUGUGCAGCAAGAGGACCCAGCUCCCGAGGUGGACCGGUUUGAAGAAUUGGUGAAGGAAGUCCAGGACAGGAAAGAAUUCUUGGCUGCCAUGGAGGCUCUGGGACAGGGCAAGCAAUACCGAGGAAUCAUCCUGGCUGAAAUCUCCCAGAAAAUAAGGGAAAUGGAGGACAUCGACCGCAGCAGAAGCGAGAGGCUUAGGAAGGCUCUCGCCACCACCUAAUCCUAGACAAGGGCGGGCCAGCCCAGUGCGACCCGACCACCAGAGCCUUCGCUUCGCC